AUGCCACAGCACCACUACAACGCCCAAAUCACCACCUUCUCGUCGCCCCAGCGUACGGCCACACUCGAGCAGGCCUUCACGACCGACCCGAGUCCCUCGCUGGCGGCGAAGCGGAGGCUGGCCAUGCAGCUGGGCAUGACCCUGCGCCAGGUCCAGAUGUGGUUUCAGAACCGACGGGCCAAGGCCAAGCGGCGGGGCGAGGUGCUCAACCUGCGCGAGGACCGCAAGGCCGCGCUCCUGUUCCACCACACGUCGGUCCAAGAGGGACACCACCGCAAUCUGCGCCUCGUCACCACGCUGGACGUCAGCGAGUGA